UGUCGGUACUCACCCAUCCAAAUCUUCUGACAGCCACAGCUCACUUUCUUAACAUGGCGACUUUAAAAAAUGUCAUAGUAAAUUACCUAAUCAUUUGAGAAUUAUGUAGUUCGAGCUUCUGCCUAAUGAUUUUCGAUUGUUUGAUUGUCAGUAAGUGGCUUCUAGCUGAUUUGUAUGAUGGUGCUGUUUUGGAAUUGGUCUUCUGCUUGUUUGAAUUUGUUGCCGUCUAUGGUGGAGGAGAUGACGGUGGCUAUACCGAUUUCGGUCGGGAUUGAGGUGAAGGUUUGGGGGAUUUGGACUUAUCUUGUGGAUUUGAGUAUACUUUAUUUGUCACUAUGGUCUGCUAAGAUUUUCUUAAUGCAGUAAUUUUUGCACGGUUAAAAAAAAAGGAAUGAAAGAAAGAAAAAAAGACCUAGCGGGUGGCGAUGUCUACAUACGCCAGAAGCGCAGCAGACGGCCAAAAGAAAUCAGCUGGAACCCCACGUGUCAAGAACCCAGAACCCCGAAUAUACGUGUCAACACGGACAACUCAAUUCAUCUCCUUCACCUCGUUUAAAAGUUAAAACCCUGCAAAUUCGGGCGAUCACCCUCUCAAACGACAUCACAAAAUGCAUCGUUUCAAGCUCAUCUUCCGAAGCUACAACACCCUCAACAGUAGUGCUACCACCACUGGACCCCUUGUCUCGCGCUUAAAAUCCCGGUCCGUAAUCCGGUUUGGUGGCCCAGACACCAUCAAAUUCCUCCAAGGUCUGCUAACCAACGAUGUGCGGAGAUUUGAUAAACCACCGGAUGAGGGAACAUCGAGUUUGCCCACUCCCAAUAUGCCUACCGUUUCUCAGCCGCCUAUGUACGCUGCCCUUUUGACUCCUCAGGGGAGAUUUUUGUACGAUUUGUUUUUGUAUAGACCGCCACGGGCUGGAGAGAAGCUUGAUAGUACCGGGUCUGGACCCGGGUCGGACAAUGGUGACUCGGUGGAAAUGUUCGCCGAUGUCGAUUCUUCCGUUCUUGAUGAACUUUUGCAGACUCUUAAAAGAUACCGCUUAAGGUCAAAGGUUGAGAUUGACAAUGUGGCAGAAAACUUCUCUUGCUGGCAGCGUUUUGGUGGGAAACUUUCUGAAAAAUCAAGUGUCGAAGAAGAACCAGAGGCAGCAAGUGUUGGCUGGGGUUCUGGUGUUGAUCGUCGUGCCAGUUCAUCUGCACACGGGGAUGAGCAUGGAUGGCAAUGGUUCAGGGAUCCUAGAUUGGAAUGUCUUGGUUUCCGGGGAAUCUUUCCAUCUAGUGAGACACCACCUAUGGUUGAAGUUGACAAAGAAACAGAAGAAAAGAAUUACCUGCUGUGGAGAAUAGAGAAUGGAGUUGCUGAAGGCUCAACUGAGAUUCCGAAAGGUGAAGCGAUUCCACUUGAAUACAAUCUCACUGGUUUGAAUGCAAUAAGCUUUGACAAAGGGUGCUAUGUUGGUCAAGAGCUUAUUGCUCGCACACACCACAGGGGGGUCAUUAGAAAGCGUUUGCUUCCUUUAUUGUUUCUAGAUGACAGUGGAGAAGGGGUGGAGCAAAAAGUUGCUCCUGGUUCAGAAGUGAUCGACACUGCAUCCGGCAAGAAGGUUGGACCUGUGACAACUGCACUUGGUUGUCGAGGGCUGGGACUUUUGCGAUUAGAGGAAGCAUUUAAAACUUCAGGUUCUUUAACCAUACAAGGACAGGAGGAUGUCAAGGUGGAGGCUAUUAGACCAAAAUGGUGGCCAGCUGAAUGGUUUCCAGAGCAUCAACAGUAUAGUGCGGUGGCGUAGAAUGUCAUUUCUGGAGGCAAGGGUCCAUGUUUUUUAACUUGAUCAAUCCUGCACAUUCUUUGCCUCUUCACUGCCGAUAAAGGUAUCCUGCAUGGUAAAAAACUUGUAGCUUAUUUUCAUGCUUAUUUAUGAGAGAGAAAAGAGAAUAAAAUGUUAAACGCAUGUUGUAACAGUUCUAUUAUAUUCAUUAAUAUCAGAAGGCUCGUUUCUAGA